UACUAUUGUACAGGCUCAUAUAGUACAUUUAUACCAUGGUACAAGGGUUUAUACGACGUUUUAAAUGACUAAACUUUAUUAAGUACAUUAUUUGGAAAUCGACGGUCGUUUAAAGACAUACAUCUUUGAAUGUGUGGGAAAUUUAGAGUCAAGUUUUAGGCGAAAAUGCAAGUACAAAAUAUUACACCUCGUGCCAUCUACACGCUGAGCAAGCGAACUCAAUUAUCUAACGCCGGCAGUAAAGCGAUUUAUCAGCGUUUUAUUCCUCAAGCUUCAAUUGCUAAUAGGGCUCCAACAAGAUCACAUUUUUCAUAUAAUAAACAAUUGGAAAAAGAAAGGUCAAGAUUUGGCGUUUUUGCGGCAAAUUAUUCUACUAAAAUGUCUGGAAAUCUUAAAUUAUUGAAUGAAGGCGUGGGCGAGAGUGACCCUGAGCUGUACGCCAUUAUAAAGGCAGAAAAGAAACGCCAAACAGUUGGCUUAGAAAUGAUUGCCAGUGAGAAUUUUACAUCCGUAUCUGUUUUGGAAUGCUUAAGUUCUUGCCUGCACAAUAAGUACUCCGAAGGCAUGCCUGGAAAGCGGUACUAUGGUGGAAAUGAAUUUAUUGAUGAAAUAGAACGACUUGCACAAAAACGUGCACUCGAGGCAUUCCGUCUCAAUCCAGAGGAAUGGGGCGUGAAUGUACAGCCUUAUUCGGGUUCGCCAGCUAACUUUGCCGUGUACACUGCGCUCUGUCAACCCCACGAUCGUAUAAUGGGUCUUGAUUUACCGGAUGGCGGUCAUCUAACACACGGUUUCAUGACUGCUAAUAAACGUAUUUCAGCAACGUCGAUAUAUUUCGAGAGUAUGCCAUAUAAAGUGGACGCAAGUACGGGUCUUAUCGAUUACGAUCAAUUGGAAGCGAAUGCUAAACUCUUCAGACCUCGCGUUAUUAUAGCCGGUGUUUCUUGUUACUCACGUUGCCUUGACUAUGCCCGCUUCCGUAAAAUCUGUGACCAAAAUGAUACAUAUCUUUUUGCCGAUAUGGCGCAUAUUGCCGGUUUAGUGGCAGCGGGUUUAAUACCCUCACCAUUUGAGUAUGCUGAUGUGGUGAGCACUACAACACACAAAACAUUGCGUGGACCACGUGCUGGUGUGAUUUUCUAUCGCAAGGGUGUACGCAAAGUUCUGGCCAAUGGAGAUAAAGUGACAUACGAUUUAGAGGAUCGCAUCAAUGGAGCAGUGUUCCCAGGUCUACAAGGUGGACCACACAACAACACAAUUGCUGGAAUAGCCACCGCUUUUAAACAGGCGCAGACUAAAGAGUUUGCUGACUACCAGCGACAAGUGAUUAUCAAUGCUCGUCGUCUUUGUGAUGGUUUGAUACAGCGAGGCUACAAUAUUGCUACAGGUGGCACUGAUGUUCAUUUAGUACUACUCGACUUGCGUAAUGUUGGUUUGACUGGAGCCAAAGCCGAAUAUAUUUUGGAAGAAGUAAAUAUUGCAUGUAACAAAAACACUGUACCCGGUGAUAAAUCAGCACUGAAUCCAUCUGGCAUACGUCUUGGCACACCAGCUUUAACUACACGUGGCUUGGUGGAGACUGAUAUCGAUGUCGUUGUGGAUUACAUAGAUCUCGCAUUAAAACUGUGUGUUGAAACAACUAAAAUUUCUGGCCCCAAAUUGGUGGAUUUCAAGCAAACCUUGAAAUCAAAUAAAGAGAUUGCAGAAAAACUGAGUAAACUGCGUAGCGGUGUUGAAGAGUUCAGUGCAAAAUUUCCACUACCAGGACUUACAGCUUAUUAAAUAAUAUUUCACAUGUAUAAUUAAAUUUAUGAAAUAAAAAUUUUAUUUUUAUACUUA